UAAUUGUUAGACGUAGACGUUUCGAGUAUUUCGCGUUUGACCGUCCGGGUAGAAUUCGACGCAAUUUAUGUCGGAGAAUAGUCUUGUACGAAUUCGAUCGGGAUCGCCGUACAGUUCAGCGACGGAAUGAGUAUCGCGCUCGUGGGGUGACACGUGGCGCGUACUCGAAUUCUGCUUGUUCGCCGUGGAACACGCUAUCCUUCACUUGUGAUCUGCAUUAAACUGAAAUAUAAUUUUGGGUGCUUUCCAGCAAGGAACACAGGCGAUACUGUGUGGCACAGUGUCAGACACAGUGCUUUCCAACAACGACACAGCGAAGCACAUCUCGACACAGCAUCGGUGUAGAGUUCGAGUGUGUUCUGUAGGCAUUGUUGCCAAUCUUUAAAAACAUGUUUCAAUGUGAGCAUUGCUCUUCAGAAAUAACUCUUGACGACGUACCGAUUCAUCAAUGCUUUAUUGAACAGGAUGUUUAUAUGAAAGAAAACAAUAUUCUUUUUGCAACUACAACAAAACAAUCAUCUGAUAGCUGUGAUAUGAAUAAAAAGCAAUCGGAAGAUGAAUGUAUUCUUCCAGAAAUAUCUUCAGGAUCUUCUGAGCCGGUUAAUACAAAACAGCAAGCUGUUUGGGACAAACGUGCAACACUUGCAUUACUAGCUUUAUAUGAAGCAAAUAUAGAAAACAUUGAUCAUCCUAAAAAGAAGACCAAAAUUUGGUCAAAAAUUUCCAUGGGUUUGCUCGAACAUGGUAUUGAGGUGAGUUUCAUCUUAAUAUACAAUGUGCAUAUAUCAAAGGUCUUUAGAAUUUCUCCUAUAAGAUGGAAUAAAUUUAAUUGUGAAUUAGACUAAUUUUUUUAUUAUAAACAUCAGGUGUUGUUAAAAAUUGA